AUGGCUUCCGGACAUAACUCAGCGUUCUCCGCGUCCACCCAGCACCGCGCCUUGGGCGAUGGUCGCUCCUCAUUCAGUCAGGACGGCGGGUCGGGGGACGGGAGUUGGAAUGAUGGACUCUCGAAGAUUGGACGAACUGGGCGAUCAGGCUCCGGGGGAAGUGCCACGACUGGCACGAGAGGAGCCUCUUCGUUGGCGCCGUCCUUCGGCGGACCGGGGAGCUUCAGUGCGGAGCUCAAGAGCAUGACCUCCCGGAGCGUCACACCACGACCUGACGGCACAUACGGGCGACGAGCAAGCAGAUCAAUCGGCGAAGAUGAUCUCCCUACGACCGAAGAGCGCCAGGCCGUCAUUCGAGACAAGAUUGCGAAAGAGAUGAAGAUCAAGACUGGGACGGAGAACAUGCUCGAGGCUCUGUUGGCAAAACCACCCAAACAGACCAAGGAACAACGCCUCAGGGUGGAGUCUGAAUUGAGCUCCUCCAACCGCAAGUUGGCUGAGCUGCAUCAUGAGUUGGAAGAAGAGCUGCUUCGUGCGCAGGCGCCUGGCACGACUCCCCCUCGAAGCCGACUGUCUAGUCUCUUCCGAACAAGUCCUAUGCGCUCACCGUCGCGAAACCCAUUAAAUAUCGGACCAGAGUCUCUUGAGGAUGAUCAAGACGACGAAGAAGAUGGAGACAUGGAGUCGCCGACCUAUGUCCUUUCGGAAACACUCCAGGCACUGGAAAUCGAGGGCAUGUCGCCUGAUUUCUAUGUCGAGCGUGCCAAUAACUUAGUCGAAUUGUUCAAGCGGCAUCCCACUCUCAAGUACGACCUGGCAUGGCCCGUCUUUGGCUUGCGUGUACAGGUGAUGCUUCUUAGUGACAGCAAGGAGGAGGUUGCAGCCGGCUAUCGGUUGACCCGCUACGCUAUUGCGGACCGCAAGUCUCUCCAAACGAUUCGAGCCCUACACACGGAUGAGCUUGUAAUCCUGUCACUUGUUAAGGAAAGCAAAGCAAGCAUUGAGCGCGAGCAAGCCCUGAAGUUUGUGAGGGCUUUCCUCGACGUCAAGGACGGCGUAAAGGAAAUAUCUCGUGCCAUAGUGCGCACAAUUGUUUCUGUCGCCGAACACCACGAUGACCGCCUACGGAACAUAUCUAUCAUGACAUUGGCAGAGAUUUUGGUCAAGGACCCUGAGCUUGUUGCUUCGGCGGGUGGAUUUGCUGCCUUACACGAUGCUCUCGCGGAAGGCACAUUUGGCGCCUCGGAGAGUCUAAUUUCGAGCUUUUUGCAUGUCACCGAUACCCCCCGGAGUCGGAAGUAUCUCCAAGGAUCUGAGCUAGAAGCUGUUCUGGCUCCUUUCACUGAUUCACUAGCCGACACCUUGCGCAAUGGACGAUUGAAGUCUGCCGCGCGUGCAAUUUCCGCAAUGCUAAAGACCUGGCCGGGUCUGGUGAUUCUCGCCAGGCACGAAUUCAAGCCACUACACUCUCUCCUCGAAUCCCUUCAUUACCCUGAUACCCAAGCUCGUGAUUUGAUUCUCGAGCUAUUGUUCGAUGCCUUGCGGAUAAAGCCACCAUCAUGGUCAUCUUCUUUCCUUGCCGGCAGAAGGCUCACAACUUAUGGGCGAGUUUCAAAUUUGCGGUCCGAUACAGACUCCAAGAGCAACCGGACUUAUCAUGAUAGUGGAACAAACAAGUUUGAUCUUACGGCACACUUUUCGACUCUUAUCCUGGCAGCUUUGAUCGCGGCUGGCUUACCUCAGGCGCUCUCAGAUCUUAUUGAAGAUGAGACUGAUCUUUCGUUACGACGCAAAGCCACUCUUCUCCUUACCGAAGUUCUCAAAAUGGCCCAUCAUUCGUUGCCAGCAGCCAUCAGUGCAAACCUGCAGGUUCUUGCACACCUUCUUCCUCCUGCCAUUCAAUUCGACAUGGAGAAACACGACGUCUCAACUUCGACGAUCUUCCAGAUCGAAAGCAUCAACCGAACUUUGGCGCGCUCGGGCGGAUAUUCUGGUGGAGCGGGCCGAUACAACUUGGAUCCCGAUCUGUCAGUCUCUUUGCUACCCGGUGAACAGGCCAAAGACAAACUCAGCCCAUCCAUGGACGAACAAACAUUCCGAAACGCCAUUCUAGAGACACACGUGUUGAAUUCUGUCAACUAUAUGAAAUGGAAAUGGGACCUCAUCCAUCGUCUUGUUGAAGGUCCUCUCACAAACCCCAAACGAAUGGAUGAAGCGAUCAAGGGCUCUAAAUUCAUGAAGCGUCUUCUUGGGUUCUACCGGCCCUUCAAAUACAGAUUCGCCAUGGUCCCAAACACAAAACCGAACCAACGAUAUGUCCGAACAGGCUGCGCCUUGAUGCGGACCCUCGUCAUGUCUGCUGAGGGUAUCAAAUACCUGGCCGAGAACAAGUUCUUGCGGCAGGUUGCAGAGUGUUUGGCGCAAUUGGACCGUAUGAGUGGCCUGACUUCUGCAUCUCCCUUGUUCUCACGAGAGCAAAUGGUCAACACGCUGAGCGGUGGCUAUUUUGCAAUGCUGGGGACGCUAAGCGCCGAUGCCAGUGGGUUGCUCAUGAUGGAAAGGUGGCACAUGCUCAAUAUGUUCUAUCACAUCAUUGAACUGCAAGACCGGAACGACUUGAUUCAGACAUUGCUCGGAAAUAUGGAUUAUAGCCGUGCAAGCCAUCUUCGAGUCAUGCUUUCAAAAGCCCUCACCAUUGGCUCAAAAGACAUACGAAUCUUUGCUACAAAGCUCCUCCGGAAAUAUGCUGUCGGAGAUGUCUCACUGUCACCGCAGAUGGCCAUUGGCAAUGCAGAAUGGGUCGUUAAGCUUCUUGUGACCCAGCUGUACGAUCCCGACGUGACAGUCUGCCAAAUUGCUGUAAAGAUCCUCGAAGAGGCGUGCAACCAGCGUGAUUAUCUCGAGUUCGUGGUCAAGUGCCGCCCUUCCCUUGAUCACCUGGGAGAAAUUGGAGCCCCUCUUCUCCUCCGCUUCCUAUCGACUUCUGUCGGCUAUCACUAUCUGGACGGCCUGGACUAUAUCACUCAAGAAAUGGAUGACUGGUUCCUCGGUCGGAACGACUCAUAUGUUGGCCUUGUGGAAGCCGCUCUGUCCCGUGCCUAUGUCGACCAGCCACGGCGUAAUAGUUUUGCGCCGGAGGACUUGGUCGACCUGCAAGAUGUCGGCGUUGUCCCACCACACUUUUACCGUGAACUUGCUCGAACGGCUGAGGGGUGUAAGCUGCUUGAACAAUCUGGGCACUUCAAUGAGUUUGCCUGGACGAUCCGCGAUUUCCGCCUGGAGGAAGAAGACACCGAGGUCCUUCUCAAAGUCAAGGGGUGUCUUUGGGCUGUGGGCAAUGUUGGAUCCAUGGAGCUUGGUGCGCCAUUCUUAGAACCAGAGAUUGUGCAGCGUAUCGUGGCAAUUGCUCUACGAGCUGGUGUCUUGACCAUGCGAGGCACAGCUUUCUUCGUUUUGGGACUCAUUUCCAGGAGCAAACACGGGUUGAGGGUGUUGCGAGAUCUAGGAUGGGACUCGGCUAUUGAUCAAAAUGGCGAGUCGCUGGGUUUCUGUCUUCCAACGGAUUUCCGCCAGCUUUUCUUGAUUUCUUUUCCUGGACGCCAUCCUGAUUCAAGACGUACUCCGCAACACAAACUCAAGGAAGCUACGACGGAUCCCGAUCCCGUCAAUCAAAAGAUCCUUAAACUCAUGGUCGACAUGGGAAAUACCGUUCUGUCCAAGCGAUCGGCGGGUGACUUGCACAGCAUGAAAUCCAAGCAACCUGAACGAUUCCACCAAGUCCAUCUCUUCCGCAAAGCCCUUUGCAUUCUCGAAAGCCAUCAUUACCGGUUACCAGCCCGACGCUUUGCUAUAGACCUUUUCGACAAGAGCGUGAUGAGGCGAAUCGUCCUCGAAGAAGACUCCGAGUCCGAUUCGGACUCAUCCACAUAGAUUCAUUCCAUCGGAUCUGCUGGAUAGACCAUUUUACAUCCCCUUACCAUCUUAACUUACCAAGCUCCCACAUUGCAGGGACACAAGCCAUUUCCUCAGUUACCCCUCCCACAGGACAAAUUUGUGGCCUGUGAAUCCUUACGCACUCGCGAUCUAAGCAAUCUCAGUAUCUGAUCACACGUUUUUGCAUGGUGGCUAGUUAGUUGCCCGUGUGAUAUGGCGUUUCCUCUUCUCUUUUUGUUGCUGCUUCUGUGCAUCUGUAUCUGGCAUGGCGGCGGUUUGGCCUUGGAAACGAGACACUAUAUGAUAUCAAAUGCAUAUUAUACACAC